AUGUUUAAUAAUAAUAGUAAUAACGGUAAUAGUAAUGGUAAUCGGGGUUACAAUAAUAAUAAUCGGAAUAAUGAACGGUCCCAAGGAUAUAAUCAGAAUAUAGAACAACAACUAGCAUCCCAGGAGAAGAAGACUGCAUAUAGAAGAACAGUAGACCAUGGUAAUAAUAUGGGAAGAUGGUAUAUCAAUCGAAGUCUUGGGAUUGACGAUCAACCAAUUGGUAAGAUAAGGCCCGAGUCGUCGUAUUUGAUAGAUUUAUUGCCCUCUCCAGCAUAUGCGUCGAAUUCGGUUAGACAGAAUAAAAAUAAUAUGUCCAUCAUGGAUAUUCAGACCAAAUUUGUACAUCUUUCAUCUAACAAAGCAAAGCACUCGAUUAACACGGUAAAAUGGACUCCAGAAGGGAGAAGAUUGUUAGUGGCGUCACAUAGUGGGGAGUUCACUGUGUGGAAUGGUAUGACAUUCAACUUCGAGACGAUCAUGCAAGCGCAUGAUCUGGCUAUUUUAUCGUUAAAGUAUUCGCAUAACGAUGAGUGGUUAUUGAGUGGUGAUCAGAGUGGUGUUAUCAAGUAUUGGCAAACUAAUUUUAAUAAUGUGAAUAUCAUUAAUGGGCAUAGUGACGGGAUUCGAGAUAUUGCAUUUUCUCCUAACGACUCUAAAUUUUUGACCUGCUCUGAUGAUUCAACGAUGAAAAUUUGGAAUUUUAAUAAUGGGCAAGAGGAAAGAAGCUUAGUAGGACAUCACUGGGAUGUUAAAUCUGCUGACUGGCAUCCAAAUUUGGGGCUUAUUGUAUCAGGAUCGAAGGAUAAUUUAAUCAAACUUUGGGACCCUAGAGCGUCCUCGUGUGUUUCAACAUUACAUGGAUUCAAGCAUACAAUUACCAAAACUAAGUUCCAGCUACUGGUACUAAAAGAUUAUUAG